AUUUUGUUGUACGGGGCCCCGUGAUUUCUAAUGGCGGCCCUGGUCGUAUCACACAUGAAAAGGGAUUAAUUUUCCAUUUUAUAAAGCAAAGACGACUUGCACAGUAAAAUGAAAGUUGCUGCAACUUUUUUGACCCUCCAGUUUUGCCCCAAGCUGCUCUGAAUGGACUCUUGGCUUAGCCUGGCAAUUGCCUGUCUGGCUACAAACUUCCUCAGUCCUCCCCUACUUACUCCUCUUUGCCAAUUGCCAUAUAAUCGUUUAGGAGAAUGCAGGAAGGGAACAUGACCGGAGGGACUUUAUUAGGGCGUGUCACGUGAGGUAGACAUGGUUAUAUGAAAAUAUUUUCUUUUAGACAAUCCUUAUAAAACACACCGAGCCGCCAGUGUGCAGCAUAUCCACCGUGACUGCUUUGCCAUUGCUCCUCCUGACCUGCAGAUGCCGCUCUGAUUCUUAAUUUUCCCGCUCUGGCCUUACUCUUUCCUCGCUGAUCACGUCUGCAAAGUCCCGGCCAGUCCAGAACUUUCCCUGUACGGAUCGGCAGUGAAGGACAGUGUUCGCGGCGCGGUUUUGUGUUGCCUUCCCUUCCCUGUGCUUCGGCCUUGGGGUUUCACCGAGCAGCUGUUGGAGGGAUCCUUGCGCAGGCCGCGCAGUGUGUAGCACGUACAGAGUACCAUCAAGAGAAACUCAAGGAUCAAGAUAGUUAGCUCCUAAUACUGUACCAUUAUGACAGAGGCUGGAACUGUGCCCCCUGCAAUAUCCUUUCCGGACAGUUGUAUAGGUGCAGAUCCUCAUAAGUCCCUAGAGGAGUUGACAAAGGCCAUAGAAGAGAAAUCUGACUGUGCCGAAUAUUAUUGCCAAAGAGCUUAUGCCCAGAUACUUCUCCAGAAUUACAAUGAUGCUGUUUUGGAUGCAAAGAGGUCCCUGGAGCUCCAGCCUAACAAUGCUAGCGCUUUCCUCAGGAAGGGGGAGGCCGAAUUUCAUUUACAAAACUAUUCUUCUGCUGAAGAAAGUUUCAGAAAAGGACAGAUGUUAGACACCUCCACUCCCACAUUUCCUACUUGGAUUAAACGAUGUGAGGAAAAACUAAACGUUUCAGCAGAAGAGCAAUUGACUAACAAUCAGCAGGCAUCACCGAAAUACAGGCAUGACUGGUACCAAACAGAAUCUCAAAUCAUCAUUACAGUAAUGAUCAAGAACGUUCAGAAGAAUAAUGUCCACGUCCAGUUUUCAGAAAGAGAGUUAACUAUUGAUAUGAAUCUACCUUCAGGAGAAAACUACAGUUUAAAUCUGCAUCUCCUUCACACCAUCCUACCUGACCAGAGUGUAUUGAAAGUUCUUUCAACAAAGGUAGAGAUAAAAUUGAAGAAAACCGAGGCAAUACGGUGGGAAACCUUAGAGGGCAAGGCAGAUAGUCAAGUGAAGCAUUUUACUCCAGAAUCCAUGCAUAAAUACCCCUCUUCCUCACACUAUACUAAGAACUGGGAUAAACUGGUGGUUGAGAUCAAAGAGGAGGAGAAAAAUGAAAAACUGGAAGGGGACGCUGCACUAAAUCAACUAUUUCAGCAGAUUUACUCAGAUGGGAACGAUGAAGUGAAACGCGCCAUGAACAAAUCAUUUAUGGAGUCUGGAGGAACUGUACUGAGCACCAACUGGACAGAUGUGGGCAAGAAGAAAGUAGAAGUAAAUCCUCCAGAUGAUAUGGAAUGGAAAAAAUUCUAGUUCUACAGAUUGCAAUGUAAAUGUAUUGAGGCAGUCUGAUGCACAAACAGCUGAUGAGCCUGACCUCACUCUUAACCUUUUGUGUUCUCCUUUUUCCCAGAAUGCUGUGUGCUGCUUCUAUUAAAUGUUGCACAAAGUGAAUGAAAUGCUAGCGAGCCUUAUCCUUUCUUCCUGUUGUUCGGAAUAUAGUAUGUAUUCAGUGAUUUCUAAAGCACAUUCACUUGGAUAAAUUAUUAUUAGCUGGAGGUUCAUCUCUUCUGACAGCUCGUUGUAAAGCUUUCUCACUCACCCACUCUUGGCUUUUUUAUCAACUGCAAUUUAUAAAUAUCGUUUUUCAAUGAA